GACUCCUUUUUCGCUCCGUUAAUGGCGGCGGCCGAGGAGCGGGUAACGAGCGUGGAAAGUCGGAGCGGCCCGAUUCUGAGACUUUUUCUUGUGCUCCUAUUGCAGCUCUGAGGAACUGUUUGCGACACGAUCCCGGGAUCACAAAAUUCCCCAACGAACCCAUGGCCAGAAAGACUUCAUCCCGGAUCACUCAGAAGAGCAGGUGGAGAGGCUGCGGGUGUGUCGAGAGGAGCAAUGGCAGCUCCUGUCUGAAGAAAGAGUUGAACGACUAGGAAGCCUUUUAAAAGCAGAGUGGAAACCCCAGGACAGCAUCGUAGAACUGAAAUCCAACGCAGGGAAAUUCUGGCACACCAUGGGACACGUGGAAAAUGGGAAACAACUGCUGUACCCUGAGGAAGCACUAUACCUUCUCGAGUGUGGAUCCAUACAGAUAUAUUACAGAGAGCUGCCGCUAUCCAUUCAGGAAUCGUACGAGAUUUUACUGUCUGCCAGAACCAUUCCAUUGGAACAGUACCAGGUUUACAGCCACUUGAAAAGACUGGGUUAUGUUAUAAUGCGGUUCAAUGCCAGUACCGUUUUCAGUUCCUAUGAGCGAAAGCUACACUUGGAUUCUCCUCACAGUGACACAGAAAAGCACCAUCGCAAGAGGAAGCGGAGUCACAGCCAGCAUGGUGCCAGAUCCAAGAAAAGCCACUCUGACCUACCUGCAGAGACAGAGUCUAGCUGUAGUAUUACUGAGGGACAGCAGAAGGGCGAGGUCGAUCAGCAAGAAGCCACUAGCAAGGCGCUUGAGAAAGAUAUUGCUAAACCGGCUCUUGAGCCGCAACAAACCAAAGCAGACAAAUUGCAAGAGAGUGACAAAAGGCCUUCAGGCUUCAGUGGGCAACAGGCUGAGCUGGAGCGGAUGGACUGGUCUCAGCGAGUAUCCGGGAGCUCCAUCACAUCUUCCCCUGGGAGCCCACAAGAUGGUUCAGUACCCAUCAGAAAACCUCGGUGGGACUUCAGCAGGAUAAAAUUCCCUAAUGUUGGACGUGACUGCCCGCAGACCAAGCUCACAGCACUUGACCCAGUGCUCCUGCCACCGAACGUACUGGGCCGAGCCUCUGACGAAACUGCCUGGCAGCAGAAAAUAAACCUUAAGCAUGAAAAGUUGUCCAGGAGAGAGCGAGAGAAGAUGAAGAGAGAAAGCAGGUACAAAACAGAUGUCAAUAGGGACAAACGGGUGAGGCAGUGCACCAACUGGAAGGAAUACAAGGAGCUGCUCAGGUGGAAGCGUGCCAGGAAUAAAAAGUUGCCUGCCCACCUCUGGAAGGAUAAGGUGCAACCGCUUUUCAAACCGGGCCAAGUCUGCUCACCAGGAGAACUCCAGCAACACAUCUGCAUCAUGCAGUCUGCACACAUCUUGGAUAGAACUCCUUGGUUGCAGGAAGCCCCUGAGAAGAUCAGGAUCUCCUUUGAUGUGUACCAGGCUGAUACUGUGGCAGAAUUCCGUAAAACCCACCCCGGGAAACCCUUUUCAAGAAUGUGUGUUUGCAGCUUUGAUGGACCAGUGCCAGACCUGCGUGCUAUGAAGAAGCUAGCCUUUCAGAGUGGUGAAGUUCCUGUUGUGUUUGCUGUGGUGGAUAAUGGAGAUAUCUCCUUCUACACCUUUAAGGAAUUCAAACUGCCUGUGGAUGUCUACCCCUGACCUCGUUGGAGGCUUGGACAGCUGGCUGUUCCAUGUGCAUGCACUCUCAGGGAUAUUGUGGACACAGACUUUGGGGUCAGGAGGUGUUGGUUAUAAAUGAUUGUCAGAAGGGGUUUUCCUCUUUCUGCCAAUGUGCAGUAUUUAGUGGACUGAGCUAAUUGAGUAACAAGACUGUAGCUGAUAUUGCAAUCAUCGAUCAUGUAGAUGAGAACUUUCAAAACAACAUUUUAACCUCUCUGACAGCCUCUGUUCAAAUUAAGCUUCACAAGAAAACUCUAGAGUCCUUCCCCUUACUUCCUGCACAAAGAAAGCACAUUGUUAUACUCAAAAUUCUAAUUGGUACCAAGAAAAAACCAUUCGAGAUAUGGAAUUGGUUGCCUUCAGUUGACCAACCAAGGCUUUUUGCUCAAAAUGCCUAAUUUUAAGUGCAAAAUUAAUAUUUCUGCAAACUUGUCAGUCAGCCCUUCUGUUCCAUAUUACAGCCAAACUAUUGGAUAAUCCCGCUCCCUCCCUCUUGUGCAUAAAAACGUUUCCUGAAACUGUUCCAUUAUGUUUUUCCUAUCUGGGCAACAACAGGACGGCAACAACAACUUGUGUUUAUAUUGCACCUUUAACAAAAUAAAAGUUACCAAGGUGCUUCACAGGAGCAUUAUAAAACAAGAUAUUGUACACCAAGCCACAGACAGAUAUAUUAAGUCAGAUGAUCAACAGUUUGGUCGAAGAGGUAGGGUUUAAGGAGUAUCUUAAAGGAGGAAAGUGAGGUAGUGAAGUGGACAGGUAUAGAAUGUAGGGCAAUCUCCACAUUGUCAAAUUAUUUGUGUGCUGCAGGAUUUUCUAAGAGCAAUGCUGCUGUAACUUCUAAUAUAAUGAUUUUUUUAAUAACUAAAAUUUAGUGCAACUUUAUUGGCGAAGGUUUGAUAGCUACCGAAUAUCAACUCAGCAGGUCAGACACUUUGGGAUGGGGACAGGGAGUGAAGAGAAAGGGGAGAGAUCAACUGGAGUUUCUCUUUAACUGCUAUUUGUUUUUAUUGCUUUUUAAAUAUUAGUUUGAAUAUAAGUUUCACAUAAUUGGCAUUCUUUGAUUGAAAUAAAAUCAUGUACCAAUUUGUUACUUGAGGGGAUUUUUAGAAGUGAGUUUUUAAAAAAAUUAACUGGGAUAGAAGAAAGGUCAGAACAUAGAGAUUGCUUCUCAGGAAGCAAUAUUUUGUUUAAUAAAGACAACAGGUCGAAUGGAUGCUGCUGUGUAGUGAAAGAUCUGCAGCAACAGAGUUAUAGUUAUUUACUAAGCUCCCAUGCAUCAUACACUGUUCCAGGAUUCAUCAGCCUCUGUUUUCAUUUCUGCCUCAGCAAUUGUCUGAGACACCUCCACGCAUCAUGUUUCACUUGAUUAAAUCCUACAUAUGUUGACACUCACUGCAGAUUUGGCAUUUUGACCAGAUAAUGCGUGAGCAUGCUUUGAGUUCAUUGUUUCUCAGUUCAAUGUAUUUUAUUUGCAUUUUGCUAUUCAGUUACUGCAAUACAUAUAUCACAAAUUGCAAAAAUACAAUAAAUCUGUUAAUAAAGGAAAGACAA